AUGCUCAACAAACAAACCACACAUGAAUCGAUCAUUGCUAUUUUGAGUAUUAUGUCAAGGAUACUUGUACUAUUGCUGGGAAAAGUGGUCUCCUGUUAUUUUCAGCGCUUUGACUUAAGCACUUCCCUUUCUCCAAUCAAAUCUCCCUUCAAAUACCUUGAAAGUUGGGAUACAACUCACUUUAUUAACAUUUCUAAUCAUGGAUACUCACAUGAGCAUAGCUUGCCUUUCUUUCCUCUUGUUCCUUUGAUUGUUAGAACCUUAAACUUCUCUGACUACCUUACGACGGCAGUCAUUCUCAGCAAUAUUGCCUUUAUUUUCUCUUCUCUCAUUUUCUAUAAGCUCUCUUUACUUUAUUUUGACGAAAGAUUCUCCCUUAUUUCCACCAUCUUUUUCAUAUGCAAUCCAGCUUCAAUCAUCUAUUCGGCAUACUAUACAGAAAGCAUCUUUACUCUCAUUUUUCUACUUGCUCUAUUUUAUACUAUCAAAGGAAAGCUUUUCAGAGCAUCGGUGCUUUUUGCAGUCUCGACGUUUUGCAGGUCAAAUGCCAUUUUCUUCGUUCUCUUCCACAAGAUUCUCUAUGCCCCGAUCAUUUUGCUGCCUUUUGGUCUUUUUCAGCUUUAUUCGUUGCUUCUAAUAGCCAGGCACAAUGCUUCGUUUCGGGUCUUCAUACCCUAUUCGAUGAUUCAAAGCAAAUACUGGGACCAGGGCUUUCUUAGAUUCAUCAGGAUACGACACACGCCAAAUAUCCUUAUUGGGCUGCCUGUUAUUCUUAUUUCCUCUUUUUUUCUCUUCCAGUACUUCAGCCUUUCGUUCAAAAGGAAUAGUAAAAAGAGGAUGGUAGAAAACUGUCGGGAAACAACCGUCUCUGACAAGGAGAACGAUAGAAAUUCAAGCUUAAAGCGUAAAGCAACAAAGGGUCCUGUCGAUGAUAUUGUACAUUUCUACGAUGUGAAGGUUAAUUUAAGAUAUGAAAAGGGCGAAUUUGCUGAUAAAAUCAGGUAUAAACCGUCUACUUUAUCAAAUGCGAUAUUUCUUGUAAAUCAAGUGCUGAACUAUGAACCGCUGCAUUUUAAUGGGUCCUGCAUUCUAAAGCUAGCCCUGAUUCUUCUAUUCCAGGUUUUAAUGCUGGUAUUUUUUGUUCACUGGAAUAUUGCAAUGAGAUUUAUAGCGUACAAUCCCUUCAUAUACUGGUCCUGUGCAUACCACACCUUGAAGUAUCACAGAACAAGAUUGUUUAACUUUACAUGUACCUUCUUUGCAGUGUAUGGAAUAUUGUACAUUAUAAUGUUUAGCUGCUUUUAUCCACCACCGUAA